CGCCGCCGUCCUAGUCCCUACUCGUUCGUGGUCCGCACCUCGCCCGCCUAUCCCUCGUCUCCCCAGUCCCCUCACGGCGGCCGUAGGCGUACGUCCGUCCAUGCUCCGCCACCACCAGCCACCAGCCAGCCGUUCCGACAGGCCCCAAUCAUACGAGGCACCACCCCCCUCGGCAAGGAGGGAGGGACAGCUCACGCGCGCUGCCCGGCCGGCCGGCCGGCCCUGCCCUGGAGCUGCAGAUCGACACAUAUACACGCACGCAUACACGAUCGAUACACUACGCGGCCGGGGGGCGCACUGACACACGCCCGCCCCCAUCAUCUCUGUCCCCCGUCCGUCCGUCCAUCUCCAUCUCCAUCUCCAUCUCCCCACCCCACCCCCACUCGUGCGAGCUGCGAUGCGAUGCGCCUGAGCAGAAGCUCCAAAGCCUCAUGAUGGCAGCACCGGCCAGAGCCAGCAGCAGCUGAUCGACCGAGCACGGACAGGACAGGGACGCCAGGCAACCUCAUCAAUGGGACGAGGAGGAGGAGGUGGCAGCAAGAAGAAUCUUGGUAGCUUGCAAUGCCGAGGUGGGAUUCGGAGGACGGAGGUGCUGCUGACGAGGCUGCCGCGGCGGUGGCAGUGAGGCUGGCCAACAAGAUCCGGAAGCGCCGCGCGGUGUCGUCGUCGGGGGGCUCGGACCCGGCGGCGGGGAGGAGGCUGCGGUCCAGGCGGCCCGCGGUGCUGCUGCCGCGGCGCCGGACCAGCGCGGGCGGGGACAUGUCGGAGUCGUCCCGGAGCCGCCAUUGCCGUGGCGGCGGCGGCAACCGCCUCGCCGAUGGGGCGCGGCCGUCCGCGUCCGCGAGGAGGCUUGUCGACGCGUUCUGGCAGGACAUGGACAGCGGUCUGCUUCAAGGGGACGCGGCGGCGCGCCGGAGCUUGGUUCUGUGGAGCGGCGCCUCCACGGAGGUGUCCAAGAGGUCAAGAAGUAAGAGCAAGAUCUUGGAGGCGGAUGGUAAGGGAAGUCGGCGCAAUGGCCAUGCUCGAUGGCUUUCAGCAGAUAUGAUGAGCACCGGCAGCGCAAUGGAGAUUGGUACAUUCUCUCAAGACGAUGUUUCAAGAUGUCCUGACAAAACAGUGAACCUACAGGAUCUGCAGAACAGCUUGAUUGCAUCUAAGGAGCUGGUAAAAGUACUCGCCCACAUAUGGGGCCCUGGAGAACUGAAUCCGUCAAGUGUGUCACUCAUUUCUGCUCUACGUUCAGAGCUUGAUGUUGCUCGUUCUCAUGUUAGAAAGCUAAUCAAAGAACAGAAAUCUGAUUCCUAUGAAAUUGAGGGCUUAAAGAAGCAGCUUACAGAAGAAAUGGAAUCUUGGAAGGUCAAACAAAAGGAGAAGGUUGCAAAUGCUCUCCAAUUUAUAGUUUCAGAGCUAGACACUGAGAAGAAGUCAAGGAAAAGAGCAGAGAAGACAAACAAGAAGUUGAGCAUUGCCUUAGCCAACACUGAAGCCUCACUGCAGGCAGUGACGAAAGAACUUGAUAGGGAAAGGAAAUCUAAAGGAAGAGUUGAAAAGAUCUGCAACGAGCUCAUCAGAGGCAUUGAUGAGGACAAAGCUGAGGUGCAGGCACUGAAGAGAGAAACCGAGAAGGCACAAGAAGAGCUCCAGAAAGAGCGUGAGAUGCUUCAACUUGCAGAUGAGUGGCGUGAACAAAGGGUUCAGAUGAAGCUGUUAGAAGCACGGCUUCAAUUUGAGGAGAAAAAUGCGGCUGUUAAUCAGCUGCGCGAUGAACUCCAAGCUUAUCUGGAUACUAGGAAAGAGCAGGAACCAUUGAAUGAUCCAAUGCAACUGUCCCAUGCAUCUGAAAAUGGCGCUCCUCCAGCUGAUGUAGUUCCUGACAGAAAUGGUGGAAACUGCAGCGAAGAUGGUGCAUCAGAAGGCAGUGAUAUACACUCCAUUGAGCUGAACGUCGAUGGCAUCAACAGGACAUACACCUGGAGCUACACUCCUUCGUCAAAGGGCAGGCAGAGGAGCGCAUCAAGGCAUGAAUCAAUUUCCGAUAGAGGGAUGGAUGGCGUGAACUCGUGGCGAUUAGAGCAAAGCUUUUGGGACAUGGAUGAAGAACUGGAGGGAGACUGGGCAGAAGGGUGUAGCAACGGAAUGCUGAACUUGGAUCAUGACGAGGAGAGGUAUCUGGCAAUCAAGAAUCUCAGAGAGCAGAUGUUGGCCGGGUCGGGGUUCAUCAUGUCACAAGGUAGAGAAGAUGCUGAAAGAGAGUAUUGUGGCUUGUAAGGUAAACGGGACAUGAAGAAAAUUAAAAAGUAAUGUGUCAUAUGGAUCGCUGUUUGAUGCUAAGACCCAACUGUUCAAGAAUAUAUAUAGUGAUGGUUUUGUGUGGAUGACUCUGCCCCUGGUAAAUGUCUUGAGCUCUUGAAAGGUUGGGCUACAGGGCAGGUGUGUUCAUGUUAAGUUCCAUGACAGGGAUGUCUUGUAUGUGUUUUAAUGUCCAUUUACGUGGCCGGAAAUGUAAAAGCAAAAUAUUGGAACUUGUGGAGUGCAGAGUUUCUAAAUCACAAAAGAAUAGGUUUUUCUAA